AUGGCCUUGGACCCGGUCCAGCACAAUGGCAACAGCACAAUGUCGCGCAAAGUCAUGGCAGGUGAAGUCAUGGCAGGUGAAGUCAUAGCAGGUGAAGUCAUGGCAGGUGAAGUCAUAGCAGGUGAAGUCAUGGCAGGUGAAGUCAUAGCAGGUGAAGUCAUGGCAGGUGAAGUCAUGGCAGGUGAAGUCAUGGCAGGUGAAGUUAUAGCAGGUGAAGUCAUGGCAGGUGAAGUCAUGGCAGGUGAAAGCAGUGGCAGUGGCUCACGGCAGCAGCAGCCCCACAAGGCUGCAUGGCUCGGCUCGCUUUCUCAAAGGUGCAGUGGUGGCCCGUGCGGCUAG